UGAAAAAACGUUUUGCCCGUCUCUCUACUCGUACGACAGAUGCCAUGGCCACAUUUUGACCCCAUUAAUUUUCCUUUCUUUCUUCUCCUCCUUCUCCCUGCCUUUCUUGAACCAAGUCAGUCCACGCCCUCUCCCUUCCGGCUCCUCCGCUUCUUCUUAAAACCUCUCCGCCCUAAAAUAUAAGAAAAUAUUUUGCCGAAAACACACAAAAUUCUCGUUAGCCCAUUUGAGAGAAGAUCGAAACACAUGUUCGGAUUGAAGCAUGCCGCGGUGGUUGCAGUCAGCGCAGGAGUUGUUGCGGUGGUUGUUUUGAUCGUAUUAUGGCGAUGGAGUUGUUACAAGAAACGUAAACAAAAUGCUGGCAGCGGCGGCAUGACAACGGCGGCUGCAGCGACGACGGUUGUUAGAACACAGAGCCUGCAGGAUGGAAUUGCAAGGCUUCAUCACCACCAACCAAGCAAGAGCAUGUCGACCGGGAACAACUAUUACCGCCGGGGGGUUUCUGGAAAGCCGCUGUUCAGCUGGGGUAAUCAUCCGACGUCCGUCACGGACGCUGUGGAAAACGGGUGGUCGCGAUUCGGCUUCACAAAUUAUCAAUCUUCCGGUUCGACAAGGUCGAGACUUUUGGGGAUGUGCGUGGCUGGCGAUCAACGAGUUAGGGAGGCAGAGCCGGAGAUAAGCUGGGAAGUGUGUCAAGGAUCAGUCGAUUUCAUGCAGAAAAUUCGACUCAAUCCUGGGUUGAAAAAAGUGCUCAAUUUAAGCGCUUCUAGUUCUGCUUCUGCUGCCGCCUCUGUGAUCAAAACUGCUCUGCCUCUGCCGGGCCCUCCUCUUGGAAACAAUUCCUUCCCGCAAGAAGCUUAUUUUGAGAUCACAAUUUUGAGUUCGCACGACGGCGAAAAAAGUCAGUCGAUUGUUAAGGAAGGAGAGAAGAUUAAAUUGAUUCAGGAGAGAUACGAUGAGAAUUCGAGUUCGGAUUCUUUGGUUCAUGUGAGGAGUAGUAGUGAGAGCAUUAGCAGAAUUGAGGAGUUGAAGAUUAGAGUUAAGGAUGAUAUUCAUCAUGCUAAAAAUGAAGCUGCGUUGCUGUCGAUUGGACUCUCCGUCGGCGGCGCUCUUUCUCUCAAACUGCCGGGAAGUUAUCCGGGAAGCAUCGGAUUCGGCGCCAAUGGCUCUGUCCAUCUUGAUGGGAUUAAACUUGUGUUUGAAUCAGAAAAAGCAGCAUGGGGACAAAGAGACAGAGUGAUUGGAUGCGGGUUUGAUCCCAGACAAAAGAAGGUAUACUUCACUGAGGAAUCAGAGCUUGUGCAUGUGGUUCACUGCAAGUCAGAGGAAUUCGGCACUCCUCUCUAUCCAACCCUAGCAGCAAACACUGACAUUACUGUCCUGGUCAACCUUGGUCAAAGUGCCUUCAAGUUUGCCCCGGCCAAUGCCCAGAGGACAGCUAACCCUUGCUUUGUGGGCCCUCUUGUGAGAUCCUCUGCUGCUGCAUUCUAUGAAGAUAGCAUGGAGCUUUUCUCCAUGGACAGAUCAAUUGACUCCCAGUGGCUCAACAGGUGCACAACCAAGGGCAGCCGAAACCCUAGUCACGAACUGGAGUUUGAUGAGGAAUCUGAUGCUGAUUUGUUUGAGAUUGUCUUGGAGAGUAGUGGAAGAUCCCCACGCACGAUAUCGUAGGAGCUUAUUGACAACAUAUUAGUAAUAUAUCGACACCGAUAUUUACACAGUAUCAACAAUGAUACAAUGUUGAUAUCAUGGUCGAUAUAUAAGGUCACUAACCAGUGCCAUAAAUAUCAGCAAAGAUAGAUUUUAGAAACAGGGUUCAUAUCCUUCUAAAGAUUUUUUCAUUUGUUUACUUUUUGCAGGAGACCAUUUGUUCCCCUUUGUAUAUAUUUCAAGCCUUCUUAUGUUCAAGUUGUAUCUGAGAUUUGAUAUGCCUUGUUUUGAUGAAACUGAAGGUCCUUCUAUAACAAAAGCCAUGUUAAUUCA